AGUGGACAGAGGGAAGUUGGAGUUUGUCUGUUGUUGAAGAGGUGCUUGAGAAUUGCGGCCACUGAUUUCUUCAAAGCGAGGCUUGUGACCCAGCAGAGAGAUGUGCACUUUCGAUAAAGACAAAGGGCCAAGAAGGGUGAUGAGAAAAGGAUUAGCUCUCAUCCUGAUCGGCCAUAUUAACUUCAUCCUUGGAGCAAUUGUCCAUGGCAGUGUCCUCCGCCACAUUUCCAAACCCACCCAGCAUGUCUCCACUGAGUACACUGUAGCCAACAUCAUCUCUGUCACCUCUGGCCUGCUGAACAUUACCACCGGGAUUAUUGCCAUCUUGGUGUCACGGAACCUUCGUUUGAUAAAACUGCAAGUAGGACUCCUCAUCACCUCAUUCCUGAACGCCCUGCUCUCAGCAGCAACCUGCGUUGGGCUCCUCUUGGCCAUUAGUAUCACUGUUGCCCACAACGGGCAGGGCCUGAUGCUGGGGUGCAAUGACACGCUGGUGCCCAUCAACGCUCGGUCACCUGUCAGUGCCAGAUGCCCCUUUGAUACGACACGAAUCUUUGACACCACCUUGGCGCUGUGGAUCCCCUCUGCUGUGCUGGCAGCGGUUGAGUCUGGACUGUCUGUCUGGUGCUUCGUCAUUGGAUUGGCUCUCAGAGGGCUGGCACCCUGUGGGAACAGCUACAUCAAAGAGCAGUUGGAGGCAGACGCUGGGGACUCCGCGCACAGCCACCGCCUGAUUAGACAGCGCUUGAAUUCUGACGUCUAACUGAGCAGGAAGGACACCACUGUGCGUAGACAAGCACGGCUCAAUCCCAAAAGGCAUUGUAACACCUGUGUAGAGACUAGCAGUGUCACUGUGGAACAGGAGUGAAAUCAGUUUGAGGAAACUGGUUUUUGCUUUGUUUUAUCAUUUAGCCACGCACCUCGAUUCACAGAUGGGUCACCAAAUGGCUCUAUUUGCUUUCCUUUAUAAACCAAACAGUUUAUCAUGUGGCUGAAGCUGUGAGCAGAAUACAUUUGGGUCGUACCUGAUGAAACCCAUCAGUGGCAAAUUCAUGAACAGUGACAUUUCAUCAUAAAACAAAACGUUUGUUUCAGUGGGUGCAUUCCAAAGUUGAGCUCCUGUUGUGCAGAUAUUGGGAUUCAGUGUGCAUAUACGUAUGUGGAAGCUACAAGGAGAUAGAAAUGUUGUCUUAUCAGGAUCCAUCUACGACUGCUGGGGUUCAGCAGUUCUUUCAGUUUGAAGAAACCUUCGUUUAUGAAGAAAGUACUUUUUUUAUUUACUAAAAAUAUGUUUGAUUAUUUUAGCUGCAUUAAGAUGUAUUUUAGCUUCUAUGAACUCACAUUUCAGCAAAACGUUUUUUUUAACUGCAAAUGUUUUUAAUAUUUUAUUGUUUGUCGAGAUUCAGAACCACUUCGUUGCAUCUGAAAUGCAUUUAAGAAACCAUGCUCAUCAGUGUUUGUCUACAUUUAACGCCCACACAGACUCAUUUUUCUGCUUAUGGACUUUAUUAAAUUGUAGUGUGGAGUCAUAUCAUGUAAACUGUGUGAUAUGUUUAAAAUACAAAAUAUUUAGUAUUAUGUAGGUAUACAUUACUUGGCUUCAAAAUAUAUUGGCCAUGCUAAUUUGCACUUCUUGACAAUAAUUUGUAUUAUUAGAUAAUAAAUGCAGUUAGUGACUAGUUGAACACACCAGAGGAACAGCAACUGUACUACAUUUUCUGUUUUUUUUUCAACAUUUUGCUAAUUUUUGUUUAAAAAUUUUCUCUGAUCACAUCAAUGAUGUGAUUUUCUCUGACCACAUCACUGUUUGUCAGUUUUGUGCUAGAAUUUGUUGAACUUCCUAAAAUUAUGCUUAAUAUACUUGUUUGUUGCUUUUGUCACAAACAUAUGCAGUGAGAAAAUUACAAUGGAGAAACUAAAAUAGCAAAUUAAAUAAUAAUAAAUCUUUUUUUCUGUUCAGACUCCUAAAAUGCAGCAUCAUGUUAAAAAGAAAGGACAGGAAAAUAAUCUGGAUUGCUGUGUGUGGACUGAGGGCAUUCGUGUAAGUACAGAAUACUGUGGUUAAAUGUCAAGUGGGCUCAUAGAAAGAGGUUAAAGCAGUAUGUAGGCCAGCUGCCUCUCAGCUGACACAGACCCCCCACAAUUUAACGGCAGAGAAGAUCAGAUCAGCCAUGAAACAGUUAAUCUAGCGCCGUGCUCAAUUGUGUGGAAAGGAAUCAUAGCACGCAAUGCUAAUCCUCAGGCUUUAAGGGAUAAAUAUUGACAUAGCGUUGACUGAUACAAUCACAACAAGUCUGUUUGGCCGUUUCAGUCAGUAUGACAGUGAUGUCACGCUGCAGACUCAUGAAAUUUGUAUUUGAAAUCACAAGAGGUAAGAGUAUAGGUGUGUGAAGAUAUUACAGCAAGCAUAUUGUCGUACGUUGUGAUACUGGAAUGAUCUGCUGGCAUCAGUAAUGGAGGUUUAUGCGGAAUGUAGUCCAUGUAUACAUUUUAUCACAAUUCUGUACUUUAUUUCAAUAAUCAACCAUUUAAAAUAAUAUCAACAAAUUACUCAUUUGUGAAAGGGUAUGUGCUAUUACUUAGAUGAUCAGGGAUAAAAUUAGCUGUGUUAUUUCUUAAAAUCGACUGAACUGAAAAGCUGUCAUUAAAUGUAGUGGUGUUGUGCAACCAGGACAGCCUGGUGGCACAACACCAGUGUCAUCACUCAUCUUUCCCCUGAUUCAGCCAAGCUGUAAACUCUCUCACAGGUGCUAGAGGAGUUUGUGACAAAUGUGGAUGUACUGUACAUUUCAUUAUUUGCUUUAUGAUUUUCUAGCAGUGCAUUCAUUAAAUGUAUGAUUUUUAUUAAAGAUUUUGAUA